ACCUAAAUGACUCAACUAUUUAAUUAUUCACAGACUUCAACCAGGUGAUUUUACACCAUUCGCCAGAGACGAUCUGUUUUUAUAUACAUUCUACCAUUUGAGAAUACGCAUAAGACAACAUUGACAGAAAUCUGUAUUAAUUGUAAGACGUACGUUAAAGUUGGCCAAAAAGUGCUCAUAAAUAUUAAUCAAUGCAGACAUAGCACUUUUCACUUUUUAUUGUUCGUCCUUUUUAUUGAAAAUCAGUCUUUAAAAUAUUAAGUACAUAUUAUUAAAAAAAAAACGAUUUUCAUCAGUUUUCAUUGAGUUUUAAAGCUGCAUUUAUCAAAAGAAGAUCUAUCACUCGACCUUGUUACCUUGUUUCAGUAUGUCGAGACUAUUAAUAACGGGAGGAUGUGGUUUCAUCGGCAGUAACUUCGUCCAGCUAUGUCUGGAGAGUGAAGAUGUUGCUUUUGUGGCAAAUGUGGACAAAAUUGUAGACAUCAGCAACUCCAGAUACUGUCAUGCUGACAUUGCGAACUACAAACACUAUGCGGUAGAUCUGAACAACCAAGCGGCCCUCCUCAAGAUUCUACAGGAUGAGAAGAUCACUGAUGUUGCUCACUUUGCUGCAAUGAGUCACGUCGAUGACUCAUUCAAGGAUCCAGGGGCCUACGUGGACUCCAAUGUGAAGGGAACCCUGUCGCUCCUCUCAGCCAUGCAACAGUAUGGCAAAGUCACCAGGUUUCUGCAUGUGUCGACAGAUGAAAUCUACGGCGACAACCGCGAAGGCCGAGACCACAUGCCCGACUCACCUACCCAUCCUCAGAACCCCUACUCGGCCAGCAAAGCAGGAGGAGAGGCUCUGGCCCGAGCAUUUAGUGAAAGCUUCGGCCUGCCUUUACUAAUUGUGCGAGCUAACAACAAUUACGGCCAGUACCAGUAUCCCGACAAGGUAAUGGGUCGCUUCAUUUGUCAAUUGCUGGAAAAUGAGCCAAUCACAAUCCACGGAUCGGGGGCAGUGAAAAGAAGUUUUAUUCACGUGUCUGAUUGCUGCAGAGCUAUUUACACUGUGCUGAAAAAGGGAGAAAUUGGUCAGAUUUACAACAUAGGCAGCGCGGAUGAGAUCAAGAUUAUAGACUUGGCCCAUAAACUGAAAGAAAUGAUCGGGGGAACUAGUGAGAUUAAACACGUGAAAGACAGGGUGAAAAACGACCUCGGUUACCGAGUAGAUGCCUCGAAACUCCUCGACCUCGGCUGGACCAAGCAAGUUUCUUUCGAAGAUGGUCUGCAGCAGACUAUAGAUUGGUUCAGAGAAAAUAAGGACCUCAAAUGCUGGACUAACAAGCGGCUGAAAUUCUUGGUAUACGGAGGCAAAGGCUGGAUUGGUGAAAUGGUUGUUAAUUAUUUGAAAAAACACGGUCAUAUACUUAUAGUAAGCGAGAAGCGACUUGAAAAUAGUGCAGAAAUCGAGCAAGAAAUCAGCGAUGUCAUGCCUAGUCACGUGAUCUCACUAGCAGGGCGAACUUCGGGCUAUGUUGACGGGAAGUACAUUGCAACUAUAGACUACCUUGAAAAACCCGGAAAAUGGCGGGAAAAUGUAAGAGACAACCUUUUUGCUCCUGUUCACCUUGCACUUUUGUGUCAAAAACUGUACAUACACUUCACGUAUUUGGGAACCGGCUGUAUAUAUUUAUACGAUGAAGUACACGCACCUGAAAAAAGUUCACCAGGGUUUACUGAAACUGACCCUCCAAACUUCGAUGGUUCUGCGUACUCGUAUGUCAAAGGGUUCACAGACACUUUACUCAACGACCAAAAAGGCGUUCUUAACUGCCGAAUCCGGAUGCCAAUUGACAAUAAAGACCACCCAAGGAACUUCGUCACAAAAAUCACAAGUUACAAGAAGAUUUGCUCUAUUCCUAACUCAAUGACGGUACUUCCGGAGUUCAUUCCUAUCAUUGUUGACAUGUGUGCUAGAAGAAUUGACGGAACCUUCAACUUGACCAACCCAGGAAGGAUCUCUCACAAUGAGAUCUUGGAAAUGUAUAAAUGUCACGUGAACCCGCAAUUCGAGUGGGAGAACUUCACAGAUGAAGAAAUGAUGAAGAUUCUGCUGGCACCGAGGAGUAACAACUUCCUCGAGACGGAAAAGUUGCAAAAGAUGUACCCCGAAGUACGCACCGUACAUCAAUCAGUCGUUGAAGUUAUGAAAAAUUACAACAAAUCACAAUGAAAAAGAUUUGAGGGCAACAACCUCUUUUUCUCGCUAAAUAAGAGGGCGGUAGUUGAAAUUAGAUGAAAGUAAAACAAAUAUUAACAUUUUUCCGAAUUCAGAAAGAAAAAAAAACUUUUUUAUGAAUUUAAAAUCAAAUUUCUGCGCACAUUUUUUUUACUUUCAUCUCAUUUUAGUCUUCCGAUAUCAGCAUAUCGUUUAUCGUUUAUGUACAUAAAUUUAUUCAACUUUUAAUAUUCUUCUUGACGCAUGUGCACAGAAGUUUAAUUAAGUGGGCUAGGAUUUUCUAUUUUAAAAAACUUUGAAAUCAAAUACAUCACAUUUAUGGUGCAUGAGAUGGGAGGUUGAUAAACGGGGAACUGUAAAUUGAGUAUAAGCGUCUGAAAUUCAAAAAAGUGGGAAAUUCAGACUACAUUUUUUUUUGAAAAAGUAACUCAGCCCCACCUGUAAUGGAUUCAACCGAGCAGAUCGCCGCGUAAAUAGUGCUUAAAUUUUUUACGCCUAAAUCAAAACUUUCCUCGUCCUAAUAGCCCAGUUUUCGAUUUAAAAACAGUGUAGUCUGAUUUUCCCGUAUGCUGAUUUUCACGCAACUUACCAGUAUCAGAUGAGCGAUUAAAACCUUCAGUGUUUUUGGUAGUGGUACAACCUAUUUUAACCUCUACAACCUCGAGAAAUGAGACAGCAACAUUUUCCAGUGCUCUUUAUUGUAGAUAAUUUGAUUUGAAAUGUAAAACAGAAAAUUUUAUAUAUCAACUGCAAAUGUCAGAUAUCUGUAUUUUGUGACUUUUUUCUAUACAUAUCUAAUAACCUGUGCUUAAUUUCUUUAUGUAAUCAAAGAUGAUUUCGCUAUAUUAUUCCAACAGGGCAAAUUUAAAAAUUCAUCCCCGGUA